AUGUUACUGCUUAGCACCAUUCUUCUGCGUCGUCAGCGUACCAAUCGCCCACAAAGCCGAUUACACGCCAGGAGACAGCUCGUUCUACGGCUCGUGGCCAGGCGGAGAUCGCAUGUGAUCUGGGAACAUCCACGCUCACGCCACUGGUGGGACACGAUUGUUCCGGAUUUCAAUGCUCAGCAGUUUAUGCAAAACUUCCGGGUGUCCCGAGACUCCUUCAUGUACAUCUGCGAUCGGACAAAGACCAUCCUGGCAAGACAGAACACAAACUACCGCUUGAGUGUACCAGUGGAAAAGCGGGUCGCAAUUGCCAUCUGGAAACUGGCGACGGGCAGCGAAUACAGAACCAUCAGCCAUCUGUUCAGUGUCGGCCUGAGCACCGUGUUCAACUGUGUCCAGGAGUUUUGUAAAGCAGUCAACACAGUGCUGCUGCCAGAACAUAUCAAGAUUCCUGAUGGUCCAAAGUUGAUUGAAUUGGCCAAAUUUUUUUCCAAUCGAUGGAGAGUCCCACAGUGUGUAGGUGCUAUAGAUGGCAGCCACAUUCCCAUAAUUGCACCAGAGGAAUACCCCAAGGACUACUUCAACCACAAAGGCUGGCAUUCAGUUGUUCUUCAGGCUGUUGUAGAUGGAAGAGGCCUCUUCAGGGAUGUUUGUGUCGGCUUUCCAGGAAGUGUGCACGACGCAAGGGUUUUUCGUCAGUCACAUUUGUGGGAUGUUUUGAGUGGUGGACAGUUGCUGGGGCAGAACAAAGUGAACAUCUCCGGCUGUGAUGUUGGACAUUAUCUCCUCGGUGACCCCGCCUACCCCAUGCAGAGGUGGCUCAUGAAGCCGUUUUCGGACACUGGGAGACUGACCCCUGACCAACAGAACUUCAAUUACAGGGUGAGCAGUGCACGCUCAGUAGUGGAGAUGGCUUUUGGGAGACUGAAAGGACGAUGGAGAUCUGGAGGUCUCCUCAAAAGAAAUGACUGCAAGCUGGAACUGUGCAAGACCAUGGCCCUGACCUGCUGUGUUCUCCACAAUAUGUGUGAGGAGCAUGGUGACAAUUUCAUGGAGGAGCUCCCAGGCAGACACAUCAAUGUUCAGCCUGCUGUCCAAGCCUUACCUGACAAUGGCUUCGUGCAUAAGCCCUCCAGCACCGACACCAUUCGCCCCAUGAGCCCAACCACGGCGCUUGCGUUUUCGUCCAUGCGUUGCAUGGUCUGGAGCAAAGGUGCCCAACGGAUUUCCCUGCUAAAACACCGCUACGCUCUCGGAAAGUGCGGGAGUUGA